AUGAUCGAAGCUUUCCUCGAGAUGAUGAGCGCCGAGCGCGGCGCGGCCCUCAACACGCUGCAAUCCUAUCGCCGCGAUCUGGAGGAUGCCGACCGCUUCCUGCGGGCCCGCGGCGCGGGUGGAUUGCACGCCGCGCAGACCGCCGACCUGUCGGCCUAUCUGCACGGGCUCGAGGCGCAGGGCUUCGCUGCCAGUUCCCAGGCGCGGCGCCUGUCGGCGCUGCGUCAGUUCUUCCGUUUCCUGUUUGCCGAAAAUGUCCGCUCCGACGACCCGACCGGCGUUAUCUCUUCGCCGAAAAAACAGCGUGGCCUGCCGCGCCAUCUGAGCAUGGAGGCGGUGUCACGGCUGCUGGAGACGGCGCGACGUGAAGCGCUUGAGGGCCAAAAAACGCCGGCACAGGCGCGGCGGACGGCGCGAACUCAUGCGAUGGUGGAGUUUCUCUAUGCCACCGGUCUGCGCAUCAGCGAACUGACGCGCCUGCCCGCGACCAUCCUGCACCGCGAGGAACCGUUCUUCAUGGUCAAGGGAAAGGGCGGCAAGGAGCGAUUGGUGCCGCUGUCCGACAGCGCACGCCAUGCCGGGCAGGCCUAUCGGAUGCUACUCGAAGGCGACGAACGCGCCCGACAAUGCCCGUUCCUGUUCCCCGACGACAGUUUCUCAGGCCCGGUUGCGCGGCAGGUUCUGGCGCGCGACCUGAAGGCAAUAGGCGCCCGUUGCGGCAUUGCCGCCGAAAGCUUGUCGCCGCAUGUGUUACGCCAUGCCUUUGCGACCCAUCUGCUUGAAAACGGUGCCGAUCUGCGCGUCGUGCAGCAAUUGCUCGGCCAUGCGGACAUAUCGACCACGCAGAUCUACACCCACGUAAUGGAUGAGCGGCUGCAUGCGCUGGUCAGCGCCCAUCAUCCGCUGGCGGCGUCCGGAAACCGGCAAUAG